CUUCUCCUCUUCCUUUUUAUGUGUAACUUCCCUCCUCUCUUGUCUUGUGGACUGCCUUCUAUGUUUUCACUAUGGCAUUCCCCAUAGUUCACUCUACUUAAAAUAAUUUUUUUUCAGGUGGCUUGUCCCCAGCUUACCUCCCUCCCCACGUCAUGGCCAACUCCUCCGACGCUCCCCCGCCAUCCACCGACGACGACCACUGGGCGCAAUGGCUGCCCUCCGUCUAUCCAGAUGCCCUCCCGGGCGUGGUAGACGCGGAGGCUCUCUCAUCUAUGACUCCUCAGUUGCAGGAUGACUGGGGCUUACUGGAGAUGCUUUCCAGCGAAAACCUUUGGUCGACGCAGCCGGAUUCCACUAACGACACAACGGUCAUCCCCCCGCCCGAUGACUUUGUCAAUGUCUCUCAGUGGCUCGCUGGCGCAUAUAGUCCCCCUGUCCCCUGCAUGUACUGUCAACAGCACCGACUGCAGUGCCUCGUCAUUCGCACCACCCCGGCCAAUCCGAAUCCCGUCGCAUCAUGUUCCAGUUGCGUCGCCCUCUUCCGUGAAUGCAGCCUCGCCCGCGGCGAGAAGCGCCAUCCUGCCGGCUUCGAAACCGUCUUUCCCGUGUUCAAUCAUAUCCAUGGUGUCACCGAGUGGACCGAGGAGGAGCUGUUUCCUGCUCCACAUGCAUUACCGGUGUUGGAUACACAGAAUGGCCAGGCGCAAUCGUCGCAGGACCAGGAAAGAAAGGAAGAGGACGGACAGCACAGGCCACGGUUUUCCCGAAAAGGUGCCAAAGUAUUGCGGGAUUGGCUUUAUCGGAACCAGCAUGCUCCGUAUCCCACAGACGAACAGAAGGCAGCAUUUGCCCAGCAGACCGGCCUCACCGAGAAGCAGAUCUCCACCUGGUUUGCCAAUGCCCGACGGCGCCAUCGUAUGGCCCACCGCACCUCGCGACCGAGUCAGAUCUUCCGCAGCGGCUCCCCAAUGCCCACUUCCCGAUCGCCGGCCCUGACUCCAAUGGAACGCUGGCAGCGAUCACCACCGGACCAAGAACCCGUAUCAGAGUCAGCUAUUCAGCAAGCUAUUGCCGCCGCCGGCACUGAUGCCGCCUGGGAUUACCCCAGCACCUCUGGCGGCGCGAGUCCCAGUUCUCGCCACUUCGCAUCCUCCAUCUCGAGUAUCGACAGUGAACCGUCACAGGCGUCGUCCGGGAGCUUCUCAUCCGCCUGGAGUCAUCAGUCCGAGAGCUUUCUGCCGUUCCCCCUGUCGGAUGGGUGUCCGCGAGCCCAUUCCCGUCGCAGACGGCCCAGGCGCCAGUCGGCCGCGGGGAGCCCAUAUCAGUGCACUUUCUGUGUGGAUAUGUUCAAGAAAAAGCAUGAUUGGGUCCGUCACGAAAAGAGUGUACAUUUGUCGUUGGAAUCCUGGAUAUGUAGCGUGGGAUCGGGCGCUCUGGAUCUCGUUGGCUCGGAGGUAUUGCAAUGCGAUUUCUGCGGAGCCUCUCCACUUACCGAAUCUCAUUUCUCGACCCAUGAGUUCGACGUGUGCGCGGAUCGCCCACUAUCAGAACGUUCCUUCCGGCGUAAAGACCAUUUGAUCCAGCACUUUCGCAAGUUUCAUCACUGUACCACGGUCCCUGCCUUACGUGUGGAGGCUUGUCGCGUCGUGACGAAUGAUGUGCAAAGCCGCUGUGGAUUUUGUCAGCAAAUCCUGUCGACGUGGGCAGCACGCGCGGAUCAUUUGGCAGAGCACUUCAAAAACGGACGGCGCAUGGCGGACUGGUCGGGUGAUUGGGGGCUGGACCCCUUGUACCAGGCCAUGUUGCGGGAUGCUGUCCUGCCUGCGGAUCGGUCUGUAUACGUUGAGGGGGGUUCUUGACCGUCGCAGAUACCAUAUUCCAGGUAUCGUAAGCAUAUAAACACCAUCUACUAGUGGGCAGGUGGUUUUAGACACCUGACGG